AUGGCGGCCGCGCUCCGGUGGCUCCUGGUCGAGCACCCCGCCGUCGCCUCCUUCCACUGGCGCCCGGGCACCACGCUCGCGUCGUCGCCGUCCUUCCCCGCCGCCGUCAUCUGCGCCUACCUCGCCACGGUGCUCCUCCUCCACCGCCGCGUCCUGCCCCUCCCGUCCCUCCCGCCGCGCGCGCUCCGCGCCGUCUCCGCGCUGCACAACUGCGUCCUCCUCGCCCUCUCCGCCGCGAUGGCCGCCGGCUGCGUGCUCUCCGCGGCGGCCACGGCGCCCUCGCCGCGCUGGGUCUUCUGCUUCCCCCCGGGCGGCGCCACGGAGGCGUCGGGCCCGGUCUUCUUCUGGGCGCACGUCUUCUACCUCUCCAAGAUGUACGAGCUGGGCGACACGCUGCUGAUCCUCGUCGCCCGCCGCCCGCUCACGCUGCUCCACGUCUACCACCACGCCGUCGUCAUCGCCAUGUGCUACCUCUGGCUCGCCACGCGCCAGUCGCUCAUGCCCGUCGCCCUCGUCACCAACGCCGCCGUGCACGUCGUCAUGUACGCCUACUACCUGUGCUGCACCCUGGGCCUCCGCUGGCCGCCGCGAUGGAAGCGCGCCGUCACCGAGCUGCAGAUCCUGCAGUUCCUCUUCAGCUUCGCCGCCUCCGUCGUCAUGCUCUGGUUCCACUUCGCCGCCGGCGGCUGCGAGGGGAUGGCAGGGUGGGCCUUCAACGCCGUCUUCAACGCCUCCCUGCUCGCGCUCUUCCUCGACUUCCACGGCGCCGCCUACGCCGCCAAGGCCAAGGCCAACAAGAAGAACACCACCAAUGGCAACAAUGGCAAUGGGGGGAAAUCAGAGUGA